AUGAAAGCUCAAGCUUUAACAGAUCAUUUGGCUGAAAAUCCUAUAGAUGAGGAGUAUGAGCCAUUAAAGACUUAUUUUCCAGAUGAAGAGGUAUUGUAUGUUGAUAAGUUUGUUUCUGAAUAUUGCCAUUCAGGCUGUAAGUUGUUCUUUGAUGGAGCUGCUAAUGUACAUGGAUACUUGAUACAUUCCAAUCCAUCUGAGUUGUAUACAAUGACUGCUCCAUGGCCUUUUGUGGCUUGGGAAAUGGACGUAAUUGGACUAAUUGAACUAGAGGCUUUGAAUGGACAUAGGUUCAUCUUAGUAGCCAUUGAUUAUUUCACGAAGUGGGCAGAAGCAGCGACUUUCAAGUCAGUGACCAAGAAAGUAGUGGUUGAUUUUAUUCACUCCAAUAUUAUUUGUCGGUUUGGCAUUCUAAAGAUAAUUGUCACUGAUAAUGCUACAAAUCUGAACAGUCAUUUGAUGCAAGAAGUGUGCCAACAAUUUAAAAUUAUGCAUCGAAAUUCUACUCUUUAUCACCCAAAGGCAAAUGGGGUUGUAGAAGCUACCAACAAGAACUUAAAGAAAAUACUUUACAAGAUGGUGCAGGGUUCCCGACAAUGGUAUGAAAAGUUACUUUUUGCUUUGUUGGGUUAUUAUACUACAGUUUGGAUUUCAAUUGGUGCAACUCCUUACUUGUUGGUAUACGGAACCGAAGCAGUUAUACCUACGGAGAUUGAAAUUCUAUCUCUUUGA